GUAAGGAGGAACUAGUAGAACGACUUCAAGAACAAGAAAAAGAAGCUGAAGUGGUCGUCAAUGAAGAAUCAGCCAACCUGCAACAACUCCAAAUGACCGUCCAAGCUGCCACCAAAGCGGCUCAGCAAGCCCAAACAGAACUGAAACUCUUACAAACCACCUUACAACUGGCUCAAGGAAAUGCGGCCAAUUCUCAACAGGCGCUGGACGGGUCUCAGCAACAGUUGCAAGACAAAGAGGAACUGGUUGAAGCUGCUAAAUCGAGAGUGGAAGAACUGAAUAAGAUACUGCGUGCUUCCAAAGCUGAGCUGUCGAAAACGAAGGAAUCUGCCAAGAAAGCUGAGCAGGCGGCCAGUGAGGCUAAGCAAGCUGCUGGAAGGAGCAAAAGGAAUGUAAAAAGGAACAUUAAAAUUGAAGAUGAAGAAUCAUAAUAUACAUACACUUUAUAGUUUUUAUGUCUUUACUUGAAAUAUAGAAAACAUAAUAAUAUUUUUUAUAUAACACAAUAAACUAUAAUUCGCUUUA